AUGCUACUCAAGAAGCGUCGAAAGCGGAUGAUGGGUCGCGGGCAGUACAGUGGAUAUCCAGACACGUCGUCUCGGUCUAGAGACCUGAAACAGGAUGACGACGAUAGCAACGAGAGCAGGCGUGGUGGCGGUCUCCGGGGACUUGUCACAGGCGUGCUUUCCAAGACACAAAACCUUGCUGCUCCUAAGGGUAACAAGCCCUCGGCUACGGUGGUGGCGGCAGCAGCGGCAAGUCCUAGUCCUGCGGUUCCCAUGCAGCAGCUGCAGCUGCAGCAGGCGCAACAUGCGAGGGCAGCCAGCCCGGCCCCUGCUCCUGCAGCCAACUGGGGCGCGUCUUCACCUCCCCCGACUUUAGUGGGCAACGUGGUCUCACCAUCGACACCCGCAAACAAUGGCAUUGGCUCGAAUUAUCCGACUCCAGGGAACGCCUUGAUUUCUCAACCGCACUACUUGCCCCCAACUCCACAGGACCAACAGCAACUCAACUGGCAACAGCAGCAGCUACUCCAGCAACAGCAGGUGCAGCAACAACAACAAUUUCAGCAACAACAACAACAACAACAACAACAACAACAACAACAACAACAACAACAACAACAACAUCAUCAACAACAACAACAACAACAACAGCAGCAGCAGUACCAGCAUCAACAGCAGCAACAGCAUCAGCACCAAUUGCAGCACAUGCCUAUGCAAGGAUAUGCGGCGUUGCCUCCUGCUGUUCAAGCGCCAGUCAUGACCCCUCAACACCAGCUGCAACACCCAUCCUACCAACAACAGCAACAGCAGCCAGUCCAGAUGCAACAAGUGCAACGCAGCAUGGUAUCGCCUACCACCAUUACGACCCCUAUGACACAGCCAUAUUAUUACCAGCCAGGGACGGGGCUUGUCUCAGUUCCACUUUCGCUACCUCCUGCUGAGCCAUACACCCCUCAAUCUUUCCAGCCUCCUCUAACAGCACCUCCGCCUGUGCACUAUCCGGUCUCGGUUGCUUCUACAUCUCAUGUGCCACCACUAUCGCACCACCAUAUUCAACAGCCACCGGUGGCUUACCAACCGCCACCUCCAGCGACCCAAGCCACAAUUCCUACAACCGUUGCCGCCGUUGGAACCCCAGCUGCACCCCGGUCUCCAACCCCUGAAUCCGGAUCCAUUUUCCUCCCUGGCGACUCUUCUCGACUGUUGCUCAGCCAAGGGCUGUUCAAGAUUGUACCCGAUGCCGAGGACGAGGAGGAGGCCAAGAGAGUUGCUGAGGCUGCUGCAACAACUUCACAGGGUGGACCGAACCCUUCCUUGCCGAUGGAUCUCAAUCUUGGAGGCGACUUUUUGAGCUCCGUCCUGAACUUCUCGAACCAUCAAGGACCCAGCAACACUAGCACUUUCAGCAGUAUUCCUCCAGGUGCCUCUGCUGUUGCAGCGCCGGUCGUCAAUGGAGAAGGAGCAGGAGUAGGUUCGGGAGCUCAGGGAGGACACGCAGUUCGCCAACAGCCUGGAUACCAUGACCGCCAAGCAGGACAGAAGGAUCGUCCCCAGAACCAGCCCCGCUACUUGGUCGACAAGGAGGAAUAUGUGGCCGAGCAGCAACAGCAACAUGUACAGAACGAACCGUCCUCAAACUCCCAACAGAGCGGCGAGCCAGUGAUUGUCGGAAGUGACAUUGUGUUUGAGCCAUUGCCGAGUGUCAAGGCGGCAAGGGAGAGGAGUAGUCACAACCGCGGUCUGGAUUCGACCUCAUCUUCGUCUUCCUCUCUCUUGAACAACAACACCAAACAAGCGCCUACAAAGGAAAGUGGCCAGCCCAAGCCAACCCGAGGUCUGUCGAGGGCGCCUACUUUGGGCGAGAUAUUGCCAACGAUGGGAACAGAGGAGUACCUGGAGCGGACGGAUGACAAAGAAGAGUACAGUGCUCGACUCCACGGCGCUCGCGAGUCAUCGACAUUUGCUUCUCCUACGCCGACGACGAACGUAAUCCAUCCCGCAAGGGUGGGCGAGUUGUCCAAGGAGGCUCAGGGCGGAAUUGUAGAUAUCGGCACGCCUAUCAGCCCUAACGCUAUCUUGCCUACGGCCACGGGUGAGGAAGCGGCUGCAGGUGUGAUAUCUCCUCCUAGGUCUAGUACACCCGCCACCCCACCGCCAUUACGCCUUUCUACCAAACCCAAGUUCAAGUGA